GAGCCGCCGCGGGCUGCGGAGCGGUUUCUGGCUGGCUGGUGGGGAGCGGUUUUGUGUUCUUGCGGGUUGUGUGUGAUGCUUCAAAAUGUUAAAGGAAACUAAAAAGUUUAUUGGUAAAUCCCUUCAGCCAGCACGACCUGUGCAUCAUCUGUCUUCUAAACAAGCCAUUGCGUUAAACUUUCAGACUGAAUUAAACAGCGACACUGAAGUAUGUUUGCAGAGUAAGGUUGACUGGUUACCUGAAAUGACUGAAGUGAAGAUCUUAACUCAAACUAUGCUGUCUUGUCAACCAAAACAGCAUGAAUCAGAAGCAAAAAAAGAAAGAAUCAAAUACAGCAGAGAUUUCCUCCUGAAACUUUCAAGUGUUUCUCUGUCUCAGAAGAAGCCAGAGUUUCUUCCUGAUCAUCCAAUUGUACUUGAAAAGCCAGAAAAGAGCAAUCCUUUUAUUGAUAUAUGCAAGAAGUGACAGGUUGUUUGGAAGAUGAGAAAUCCAUCAAUGAAGGAGCUACGUAUGAUGUAGAUCUUGAAGAUUUUUUGAAGGUACUUGGGUGCUUACAGAUGAAAGUAGGACCCUGUGAAACCUAUGGAAAUGCCUGCUUCUUCCUGUAACUGCCUGAAUGCUUUAAAACUCAAACCUUUAAUUUUAAUGCCUGAGAUGGUAAUACAA